AUGGCUGUAAACAUUGAAGCGCAAUAUGCUGCACAGCAAAUCGACUUUGCCACGCUAGAACAGAUUUACAUACCUAGAACACUUGAAGUAGGCUGGAUCCACUCUAUCCAGAACGAAGGAGGUCAUGGCGAAGACUUUCGCCUAUUUAUGAUCGGUCACAAGCUCAAGCAUUGGCAGCGAACAGGAACUAUACCGUCGGAAAAGAAAGUCGUUCACGCAUGGGGAAAUACCGAUGCCAUCAGCCGAGAGCCGUUUAUUGUGAUCGCAGAAAGCGAGCCAGAUCCACGUUUACACCAGGAAAAUUUCGAAAAUCAUGCGGCUCUGCUCACAUUUUCCGACAAACAUGUCCGUCAGGAGGAGCACAAUGACUUCAGGGCUUUUAUAUAUGGAUGCAGGGUCACAGAUAUACGAUUGCGAGCCGAAUCACAGACCCAUAACCUCAUCAAUAGAUGGAAGAAUAGAACCCCCGCUGAGCACAACCACUAUAUAAGCCGUGGAAGCCAAUUUUACAAAAGACAUGUCGUUCAAUUCCCACAUCUCCGUCCCGCAGGCGCCCCCGGCGACCAUUUGUUUAUCAAGGACCCAACCCCAGAAGCCACAAUGUCAGAUAUCGCCUUCGUAAACCUCCACGACGCACGACCAACGAACAAGCCCAAAAAACCCGCAGGCUCGCGCUGGGUCUUUGAGCGAACGCUCAUGCAAGUCCCAGAAGCCACACUCGGCGACUACCAAACUCAGCGCAUUGUACAUUUGUUUGCGCUCGUGUCUGCGGAUCAUCUCAUUCUAAAGCGAAUGGUCAUCAAAAUAAUAGGCUCCCUCACAACCUGCGAGGUCGAGAAAAGUCUCAAUCGUGAAUACGAAAAUGCGCACAAGAAGCUCUCCAAUGUACCUUGUGCACAUGUCCUGAAAGCGUACGGAUCGGCUAUCCGUCGAAGAGCUAGCUCACCGCAGCUCGGUUAUAUCUUCAUGGAGUAUGCUGAGCAUGGGGAUUUGGGGGAUUAUCUGGCGAAACAUGCGCUUGAGAAUCCGGGCAAACAACUCCCCGAACCAUUCCUAUGGCUCGUAUUCCGCGCAAUGGCUGAAGCAGUGUUCGUCAUGGCGCUGGGCAGACCGGUGCCCAAGCACUUACCGUUGGAUAGUUACGGUGAGGGCUUGGAUCUUGAGCCGGUUGAGGGGUGGAAGCCUAUUAUAAACCCAGAUAUCAAACCCUACAACGUCGUGCUAGCAGCACCACAGCCUGACUACUACCCCGCCUAUCCAACCCCGAAAAUGAUUGAUUUCGGCCUCUGUUUCGACGACCGCUACUUUGACGAUCCAAAGCGCAAGGAGAUCGGUGUAGGUACUGUGGGAUAUGGUCCACCGGAACACGACUUCAAAAACUUCCCAGACUACCGCAACCAACCUGUCGACAUCGCUUCGGAAAUCUUCAACGUCGGCCUCACAAUGCUCAACAUGAUGGAACCCUGGGUCUCGCGCGGCAUGACCAGCACAGAGCAGUCCCAGCUCGGCUUCGAGCACCACGAAAACUACUCGUUCAGUUACAGCAGCCGCCUCGAGGAACUCGUGUUCCGGUGUUUGGAGUUUCCGCAGCGCAAGCGACCGUCGCUCACGGAAAUCUUGUAUUUCACGCGCGUGGGGCUGAGGGAGUGGGAGGCCGCGUAUGGGAGUGUUAACAAAGCUAAGGAGAAUUUGCUGGGGUUUGCGAGGGUGGAGGUGGAUAGAGAGGAGGAGGAGGUUGGGGUGGGGAGGAUGGCGCCGAGGAGGUGGAAGGGAAUGAGGGAGAGGAGGGAGAGGGCGAGGGGGCAGGCGUGUGGGUUGAUGAGGAAGGCGGAGGAGGUGGGGUUUUUGGAGAGUGAGCGGGAGGCGAGGAGACCGCGGGUUGGGGAUUGA